AUGCGUUUCUUAAGCCUUGCUUUGGCCCUCUCCGGGGGUGCCGCCGCUCUGAACCGUAGGGCUGAUAGCACCACGAAUACCGCUCGUAUCUCAAAGAGCUUUAUCGUUGAAUAUGCACCUGGUCAAGCAAGUAGACGAGAUGGGCUUGCUUCCGCUGAAGGCAUCAAGAUUGUCAAAUCUUUCAACAGCCCAGUCUUUUCCGGCGCUAGCAUCGAAACCGACUCUUACAACAUCAAUAAGCUUGAGGGAAUACCUGGCGUACUGCGCGUCUGGCCGAAUGAGAGGGUCUAUCUGAACCCAGACGAGCCAAAAAUCCUCGAUAGUCUUCCAACUAACUUCAACUAUACCACCCACAACGUGACUGGGGUUAGCAAGCUUCAUGAAGCCGGUAUCUAUGGAAAAGGUGCAAAGGUUGGAAUUGUUGACUCUGGAACGUGGUACAACCACACAGCUCUCGGUGGUGGCUUUGGCCCUGGCUUUAAAGUAGCCGGUGGAUGGGACUUCGUCGGUGAUGAUUGGCCUAGCGAAGAGAAGAAACCCGACGACGAUCCUCUUGACGUAUUCGGCCACGGAACUCAUGUCGCUGGAAUCAUCGCAGCAAAGGCCGAUUCGUGGACAGGUGUUGCCCCUGAGGCGACUCUGUAUUCGUACAAGGUGUUUCCUGGAGGUGACUAUACCGACACCGCCACACUAAUCGAUGCAUUUUUACGAGCAUACGAUGACGAGGUCGAUAUCGUGACCGCCAGCAUUGGUUCUCCUGGUGGCUGGUCGACUCAUGCCUGGGCUGAAGUAGCCUCCCGUCUCGUAGAUGAAGGUAUUCUUGUCACAAUCGCAGCUGGAAACUCUGGAGACCAAGGCCCCUUCUAUGGAAGCACCGGUUCAUCCGGCACCAAUGUUAUCGCAGUUGCGUCAGUAGAGACGGAGGUGUUCCCUGAAUUUCCCUUCGGAGCCAACUUCACAAUCGACGGAGUUACCAAUACUACCACUCUCGGCUAUCUCCCCUCAACUUUUUACUUCCCGUCUAAAGUGGUAGGAUGGCCCAUCGUACCCCUCUCUUUCAAUACUUCCGAUCCUGCGGAAGCAUGUCAACCUUACCCUGAAGGUACUCAGAACCUGACGGGUAAAAUACCAAUCGUAAGACGUGGUACUUGCACGUUCGCUAUGAAACAAGGCCAUCUGGCUGCUCUGGGGGCGGAAUAUAUGCUAUUUUAUAACAAUGAGAGUCCAUUGAUUCAACCGGGAACGACCGACGACGAGACACUCAUCGCAUUGGUCAUUGCAGAAAUUGGAGAAGCUAUUAUCGACGCUGUUAAGAAUAACGGUACCGUGACGGCAGAUUUCUCUGUGAACCCAGAGAACCCAAUUGGCUACGCAAACCCCUCUGCCAACAAGCCCAACAUCUUUACGCAAUGGGGACCCUCUUAUGACCUAGAUCUUAAGCCGGAUAUUGCUGCGCCUGGUGGUAAUAUAUUUAGCACCUACCUCGAUGGCAACUAUGCAAUUAUGAGCGGGACGUCAAUGGCGACCCCGUAUGUUGCUGGUAUCGCAGCUCUUUACAUCGGGGCUUUCGGAGGUCGCAGUGUCCAUGGUAAAGGCUUUGCGCAUAGCCUUCGCAGGAAGAUUAUCUCCAGUGGGGCAGCUCUACCUUGGUUUGAUGGCUCGGAUCAAGACUAUGGCUUUACUGCCAGUGUUGCGCAGGUAGGUAAUGGGUUAGUUAACGGAUUCAAGGUUGUGAAUUACAGCACGGAUGUCGAUUAUGAGAAAUUCAACCUUAACGACACCGCGAACUUCAAAGAAUCGCACCCAGUUACCGUGACAAAUAAUGGCGCCCGCGAUAUCAGCUACAGUUUUACUACGGAGAGUGCUGGUGGAAUUGAGGUUAUCGGUUGGUUUUCCGAUGCUGGAUCGAGAAGAGUGAAGAAGUUCAACGAGUUGGAGCCCAAAGACCUUUCUGUCGAUGUACACUUACCUGAAGGUUUUACCCUCAAAGCCGGAGAGAGCAAAACCGUUACCUACACGUUCAACGUCAGUCGAUUUUCUCAAGACUUCCCAAAGAUAUAUUCGCAGGUUAUAUGGGGCAGCAAGCAGGUUCGCUGGGAUAUAUACGAGGCUGGCUGGAAUGAGAGCCAGUGGUCUUAUCCACCUGUUGAGGGUGAAAAUGGCUACAUCGGACCUGCCGCAUCUUGGAACGGCGAUGGUGGAGUCUUCGACGACCGGUAUUACGACCCGAACGACACUUUUACCUACCCUCGGACCGAUAUCCUGCGCGGAGGGUGGGAUCACACAUGGUUUGGAAAACUUGGUAACGGUAGUCAGAUUGCAAAUGGUAACUACACGUGGCGAUUUGCUACACUCAAGCCGUUAGGAGACCCGACUGUUUCAGAAGACUGGGAUAUUUUCAAGACUCCCGAAAUCUCCGUCCGCGGACACUACUAG